CGUUCAAUUUCUAUCCGCUACUCGUUGCCCCUGGCACACACGCGUUUUCCAAAUCGUGCUUUUUUUCGCUCUCAGUUUAUUUUUUAGUGUGCGAAUUAAACUAUUCAAUCAGUUAAGCAAUCAAUUCGCGAUAUAUAUGUGCUGGUCAACAAAUGACAAAUGCAUCUAAUGCCCUAGCUUUGUGCGCUCAUAAAUUAAAUUGAGUACGUGAGUUGUGCGUUUUUUUUUGUUGGGCCGAAUGCAAAGUACGACGGCGACGCACAGUUCGACCGCAACGCGACGUUGAUGUCAGUUUAAGUGUGUGUGAGUGUUUGUGUGUGUGCAAUAAAAAAAAACUACGAAUUGCGAAAGAGCAAAAAAGCAAGAAGAAAAAAAAAGAGGAAAAGACAUAAUUCUACGUUUAGCAAUAAAAAAAAAAAAAGCGGAGACGAGAGCCCAAAGACUGCGUAAAACAUACAAAAGAGGCGCGCGGCGUGAAAUGCGCUAAUAAAGUAAUAACAGCCCAUCAUUGCUCGGGGAGGGGAGGGUUUGGCGUGCGAUUGUAUGCUUGUGUGCAGUGUUGCAUUUUGUGCGUGGACGGGGGGCCGGCUAAAAUCCAAUGAUGUCCGCAUUUGAGGAUGGCCAACAACAACCACAAGAAGAACAGCAACAACAACUAACUCAAACGCCGCGCACUCCACUAAGACUUACUAAUGAAGCCGCUAACAACAAUAACACCAGCAGUAGCAGUAGCAGCGGCAGCGGCAGCAAAACCAACAGCAAUAAUAAUUCCAUCAUGGGCAAAGUAAAAUUACGCGUGUCUAGCAUACUUCCUGAUUCGCUGAGCAAAUGGUUCUCACCCAGUGCUGCUGCUAAUGUAAAUAACAAUGCCACGGAACAAGAAUCCUCAACAUCAAACUCACCGUCGCAGUCGCAGUCCCAACAGUCAACGGCUCAGCUCAAUGGCAGCGCCUUGCUGACCACAGAAUUCAAACCGAAGCGCAGUCGUCGUCGCAUACAGCUGGAAGCUGAUGAUGCUGGUGAUAAUGCCGUUGAUGACGGUACCAGUGCGCAGGAUCUGAAUGAAGAGGAAGUCCAGCUGGCCGAUAAUAUAGCUGAACAUGAUCUGGCCGGCGAGGAUGAGCAGACGCGUCGCAAUGAAUAUAAUGUUAGCCUGCUGCGUAAACGUCAAUUGAUAGCCAGUGACGACGACGACGACGACGAUGAUGAGGAUGAGGAGGGCGAGGACGAGGACGACGAUGAGCUCGAUGAGGGCACACAGCAGAAUAACUAUCGAAUGCAGCAGGCAAAUCGCAGUGUUAAUUAUCGCAGUAGUGCGGCACAGCCGCUACAAAAACGCAAGCGUAUUGAGCCGACUGAAACUUCGUUUAGCCCUCAGUUCAGCGCCCAACAACGUCGUCCCCCACAGCUGCUUUCCUCGACGCCCGCUAUUAGCGACGCAGUGCGCAGCCAUAUGACACCUCAUCGCUUCUCGACGCAUUUGAACCUGUACGGAAAUCAGCGUCAGCGCGAGCCCGCCUACAAUUUCAUGUCCACCUCGGCCGGUGGCAGCAGCAGCAACAUCGGCAACACCAACAUCAUCAACGAAGCAGCUGUUGCCACCAGCGGUGAUUUGCCAAUGAGCUCGCGACGCUCGUUGAAUAUUGCGCCAAUGACUGAACGCCGCGAGACGGCGCUGCCCAGCUACAAGCGACAAUCGCUGCUGGGUCAUCGCGGGCUGACGACCAACUGGCGCAGCUAUCAGACCAUCAACGAGGAGGCACCCAAUGAGGAGCAGCAGCAGCAGCAGCAGGCAAACAAUAAUAACAAUAACACUAUAAAAUUAACUAAACGUAGCACAGAUUUGCAAUCUGAAUGCGAGAGUAAUGAGAGCCAGGCAGCGGCUGGACGUAUGCACAACAACAACAACAUCAGCAGCUACAACAACAUCAUCAAACAGAAUAACAAUAGCAAUAGCAACUCGUUAUUUUAUGGCAAUUUACAGAGCCGCAAAUCGGUAUUCAAUCAAAAUGUGGCGUCAUCAAUGCUGCACCAGAAUCAACUUCAUCAUAAUUCAACAUUAUCGCUCAACUCAUUGAAUAAUCGUCGCCGUUUCAAUGCCUCCAUAUAUGGCAGCACAUCGGCAUUGAGCGAUAGCCGACUGUUAAGCACUACCAGCAGCAACAGUAACAGUAUCCUAACUGGGAACUCACCAUUCUAUCAGGGACCCACCGCUUUUGGCGGCAGUUCGGCAAACAAUCGUUGCUUUAGCCAAGGCAAUUUGACAAACAUUAUCAAUUCUGGUGGCAGCUCGCCGGCGGCAUCGAAUAGCGAUAGCGUUUGCAGCAACAGCAAUCAGCAAUUGUUCUUGGGACGCCAUCAUACAAUUGGCGGCAGCAUUGGCAGCUACGGCAUGAAGCCCGUCGACAUGCGUCCCCGUGCCAAUCUCUCUUCAAUAGGCGGUGCCAAGGACAGCAGCGGGCACAAUAUGCCUGGCCUGUCGCAGACAGCUCAACGUAUACUCAAUCUGCUUGAGAAUCAUCGAACGCCUCUAAUGGAUGCCAAGAAAAUGGGCAGCACGUUGCGUGAACUUAAGAUGCAGCGGACCUCUAGAAAUUUAAACAAUGCCAGCAUCAAGAACAACAUCAGCUGCAACAACCAUAGCAACAAACCGUACGCCUAUCCAAAUCAUUCGCUUGCUGGCACCGGCAACAACAUCACCAUCUGCAACAGCCGCAACAGCACCGCUGCCGAUUUGGAAUGCAAGGCUAAUCUGUUGGUGCCGACCAUGUUGCAAUUGCUUGAGCGUCGUCGCUUGACUCGUGUCUCGGGAAGUACACGUACUUUGGUCGAUUCCAUGCAGCUGGAGGAGCAACAGAGGCUGCAUCAUCGCCCACAGUCACAGCAGCAACAGCAACAGCAGCAGCAGCAGCUGCAGCAACAGCCUGCAAAUGCGACACCAAACAGUUUCAAUAAUAGCAACAAAUCAACGAACUCGGGCUCGGGGACCCAGAAUCAUACGAAUAAGAUGCGUUCACGUCUAUCUCAUCAGGUGCGCAAGGAUGCGCGCAGUGCAGAGGAGCAACAGAUGCCGCCAGCGCCAAUCGAUUUGCCCAAUAUUCGUUUCCCGAUGAUGGCCAAUGAACCGAAAUUCGAUUUGAUUAUUGCACCGCCGGGUGGACCAGCAACAACUUCAGUCGCUCAGCAACAGAAGUUGCCCAAGCUCAACAACGGCAACAACGGUAGCAGUAGCAACAAUCGUCGCCGUCGUUUUCAAUUUGCAUCACCGAUUCCAGUUGUAUGCGCCAAUCCUACCGAGGAGUCAUCACCACUCCAAAAACGCGCAAAGCAAACAGCAUAUAAAUUCUCGGAGCCCCUUCCAUUGGAUGCGCCGAAUCAGAGUGCUGCACCAAAAGCGUUGCAGUUCAAUGGUGAAUCGACAACAACAACCACCAGUAGUAGCAGCAGCAGCAGCAACAACAACACUACCAAGAACAGCAAAAGCAAUGAUUAUCAAUUGCCCAAGCCGACAGCAACAUUUGGAUUUGGUGAUCAGUUCCAGAAAUCCGCCAGCGAAUGGGAGUGCGGGGCGUGCAUGUUGCGCAACAAGGAGGAGUUGCAAAAAUGUGUUGCCUGCGAAACACCAAAGCCGAACGCAAAGACAGCAGCAGCAACAUCAGCAACAGCAACAUCAGCAACUACAACAUCAACAGCAGCAACUGCUAUGCCAGCAGCAACACUCGGCUUCAGCGGCUUUGGGGAUCGAUUCAAGCAACCGAGCAACAAUUGGGAGUGCAAUGCGUGCAUGUUGUCGAACAAGGAUGAGCAUAGCAAGUGCAUUGCGUGCGAGACGCCGCGCAAAACGAGCAGCAAUGCCUGCUCAGUGAGCGUCUCCAAUAUUGCGGGCAGCAAUAGUGUUAGCAACAGUAGCAGCAGCUUUGCCAGCAGCAACAACAACAGCAACAACAGCUUUCCCAUGGGCUUUGGGGAUGCCUUCAAGCGUCCGUCCAAUAUGUGGGAAUGCAGCAGUUGCAUGAUCCUAAGUCCGGCUACUGUUAAGGAAUGUCCUGCCUGUCUGACACCAAAUCCCAAGAGCAACAGCACCGCUGCCAGCACCACCAACAACAGCAGCAGCAGCUUUAAAUUUGGUUUUGCCAGUGCCGGAAAUGCUGAGCCGCCGAAACCAGAUGCUGGCUUCCAGCAACUGAUCAAAGCCCAAAAGUCGAGCACCUGGAGUUGCGAGGCCUGCAUGACGCAGAACGAUGUGAGCCGCAACAAAUGCAUUUGCUGUGAGCAACAGAAGCCGGGUGCUACGGCGGAAGCAGUCGGCACGGCAGCGGUGCCCAAGUUUAUGUUCGGCUUUCCAGCUAAAUCGACAGCAGCAGCAACAACACCAACAACAUCUGCUGCUGCAAUAAGCACGUCAGGCACAGCAACAAGUUUCGCACCAGCUACCUCGUCGUUCACAUUUGGUUUUGCAGCAGCAGCAGCAGCAGCAACAGCUGGCAAGGAUGUGGCCGAUAGCAACAAGCCUCAAACAACAACAACGUCGGAACCAGCAGCAACAACGACGACAGCAACAACGGCAGCAGCAGCAGCUACCACCACAACAACAACUGCAAGCCUAAAUACCUUUAAAUUUGGCGCUCCAACAACAGCUGCUAAAACACUUGGCUUUACAUUUGGUGCCCCACCAGCACCAGCACCAGCACCAGCAGCAACAGCAACAGCAGCACCACAGCAGCAACAGUUGUCGUUAGCCGCGCCAAAAGCGAGCACUGCUUUAACAGCAACAAGCAGCAGCGGCCUAGGCUUGUUUACGGCAACAACUGUGUCGGUGGCGCCAACAGCAACAACAACAACAGCAGCAGCAGCACCAAUAUUUGCAUUUGGCAGCAGCAUGAGUAGCACUGCAGCAACAACAUCAACAACAACAAGCGCAGCGGCAACCUCAAAGCCGGUUACCAGCAAUUUGUUCACUUUGGGCGGCUUUACGCCACUUGCUGUCGUCUCCAGCAGCAGCAGCAGCAGCAGCAGCAACAUCAAUAACAGCAGCUUUAAACCAGCAACAACACCAAUGUUCACCUUCGGCAGCAACAACAACAACAACAAUAAUGUCGUUAGCAGCAGCAGUAGUAGCGCAACGCCGCUGGCAGCAGCUGGAACAAAAACAACAUCGGUGCUCUUUGGGUCACAGACACCAACAAUAGCUGCAACAGUAACAUCGAUAGCUAGCUUUGCAUCACCAUCAACAGCAACAGUUACUACAGCGGCUGGCUUUGCGUCAGGCUCUACGGCGCCAACAUUUACCUUUGGCAGUCUCGGAGCUGCAAAAACAACAGCAGCAACUGUGGUCAGCAGCAGCACCAACAGCAGUAGCAGCAGCAGCAGCAGCAACAACAACACCACCAAAACAUUCUUUUUUGGUUCGCCAGCAGCAACAACAACAACGACAGCAGCAACAAUUGGCGCGCCAACAGCAGCUGGCAGCAACAUCUUUGGCUCCAUUGGAGCCGCCAAGAGCAGCAAUGCACCGACCAGCAGCAACACAACGCCGCUGUUCACCUUUGGCAGCGCCAGCAACAUGAACGCCAAUGCUAAUGCGAACAGCAACAACAACAUCGGCAGCAGCAGCAGCAGCUUUACCAGCUCGCCAACAUUUAGUUUUGGUGGUCCCAAGCCAACAGCAACAUCGUUAGCUACUGGCAACAAUACAGCAGCUGCGACAACAUCAACAGCAGCUACGCUGAGCAGCUUUGGUUGGCCCACAGCAGCAGCAACAACAUCGAAGGCAGCAACACCAUUUUCAGCCGCAACUCCUUUUGCCAAUAGUCCUGCCACAAGUGCUGCAGCAGCUGCACCGUUGCACAUUUUUGGCAGCGGCAGCGGCAUCAGCAACAAUCUGUUUGGCAGCAACACUGCAGCAACAAAAACCACAAAUGCUAUGCAACCGCCGUCGACUAGUUCGCCAUUCGGGGCAGCAGCAACUGCAGGAGCUGGAUCAUCAACGGCUCAGCCAAAUGCUGGCAACGGACCCAUCUCCACGCUCUUUGGCAAUGUGAACAGUCCGUUCAGUUCGAACACUGGCGGAGUAGCAAAUAGCAUCGGCACCAGCAGCAUCACCUCGCCGUUAACAAACAUAUUUGGCGCCGGCAACAGCACUCAGAAACCAGCGACUGGAGCAGGAGCAACAGCAGCACCACCACCAACGGGAGCAACAGCACCAAAAAUGGCAUUUAAUUUCACUCCAGCCACUACGCCUGCAGGUGGCGUAUUCAAUUUCGGCUCGAAUGCCGCCGCCGCUGGCGCUGCUGGCGGCAGCAGCGCGCUGCCAAAGCCUGCGUUCAACUUUACGGACGUUGCACCACAGACGCCGGCAUUUAACUUCUCAGCGAAUACAGCAACUGCUGGUAAUGCGGGCAACCGCGAUUCAGUAAGAUCGGAACGACUUUUCCAGUUCGGGGCUACUGGGCCAUCAACGGAUGCUGGAGCAUCAUCCUCCAUGAUGCCAGCAACCAAUAAUCAAAUGUUCAAUUUUACCGCCACAGCGCAGCCCAUGCAGUCAACGCCAAGCGCCGCACCGUUCCAAUUUAAUGCCGGUUCGCCCGCGUCAUCCAAUAUAUUCGCUUUCAAUCCACCACCAAAUGCUGGCGGUCCCAUGCAGAAUCCUCGCCGGAAGAUGCGCGCCACGGCGCGUCGACUACCGCCUCGGUAGAAAUGGAAAUGGGCGCAGCAACAGUAGCAGCCGCCAACGCCAACGAUAACACCACGGGACAACAAUUGACAACAGUAGGACAGGGACGGGGAUGUGAAAGUG